CCCUGUCUCCCCGGUCUCUUGAGGAGCCCGGGAAGGAGGCUCGGCUCGCGUUGCCGGGACCGGGCUGCGGCAAUCGUUAACGGGCCAUGUCGGCUGCCCAGGGCUGGGACCGAAACCGCCGGCGGGGAGGAGGCGCGGCCGGCGGGGCCGGCGGGGCUAGCGGGGCCGGCGCGGCCGGCGGGGGUCGGGGCACCGGCCAGCUCAACCGAUUCGUGCAGCUCUCCGGACGGCCGCACCUGCCAGGUAAGAAGAAAAUACGAUGGGACCCAGUUAGGAGACGCUUCAUUCAGUCCUGUCCCAUCAUAAGGAUCCCUAACAGGUUCUUGAGAGGCCACAGACCUCCCCCAGCACGCAGUGGACAUCGUUGUGUGGCAGACAAUACCAAUCUCUAUGUGUUUGGAGGGUAUAACCCAGACUAUGAUGAGUCGGGAGGGCCGGACAAUGAAGACUACCCUCUCUUCAGGGAGCUUUGGAGGUAUCAUUUUGCAACAGGCGUGUGGCACCAGAUGGGCACAGAUGGCUACAUGCCCCGGGAACUGGCAUCUAUGUCACUUGUGCUGCACGGAAACAACCUGUUAGUGUUUGGAGGUACAGGCAUCCCAUUUGGUGAGAGCAACGGCAAUGACGUCCAUGUCUGUAACGUGAAGUACAAGAGAUGGGCUUUACUCAGCUGUCGGGGGAAGAGACCCAGUCGUAUAUAUGGACAGGCCAUGGCCCUCAUCAAUGGUUCCCUUUAUGUCUUUGGGGGAACAACUGGCUACAUCUACAGCACAGACCUGCACAAGUUAGAUCUCAAUACCAUGGUGUGGACACAACUCAAACCAAACAACCUGUCCUGUGAUCUGCCAGAGGAAAGGUACAGACAUGAAAUUGCUCAUGAUGGGCAGAGGAUUUACAUCUUGGGAGGAGGGACUUCCUGGACAGCCUAUUCCUUAAACAAGAUCCACGCAUACAACCUUGAAACAAAUGCAUGGGAGGAGAUCGCAACAAAACCUCAUGAAAAAAUAGGUUUUCCUGCAGCCCGGCGAUGUCACAGUUGUGUUCAAAUAAAAAAUGAUGUUUUCAUUUGUGGGGGCUAUAACGGGGAAGUGAUCCUGGGAGACAUCUGGAAGCUGAAUCUGCAGACUUUUCAGUGGGUGAAGCUCCCUGCUACCAUGCCAGAGCCUGUUUACUUCCACUGUGCAGCUGUCACACCCGCUGGUUGCAUGUACAUUCACGGAGGAGUCGUGAACAUCCAUGAAAACAAACGGACUGGGUCACUGUUUAAGAUCUGGCUGGUGGUACCCAGCCUGCUGGAACUGGCGUGGGAGAAGCUGCUCGCGGCCUUCCCCAACCUAGCAAACCUCUCCCGAACACAGCUUCUGCACCUUGGACUAACACAGGAACUCAUCGAGCGCUUGAAAUGAGGAUUUCCGGCCUGUUCGUUGAUACUGGAAAUGUUAAUUUAAAGAGACUCCUUUAUUUAUGGGCAGUGUAGAGUGUGCUACAAAGAGGUUUGGUUACCCUGAUCAAGGCCUUAUUCAGAAAAUACAUCAGAUGCCUUUCUGUGAAUGGGUUUAAGUUAAUGGACAUCUCACUCUCCUGUGCUUUCUUCUUUGCUCCCCUCCCUCCUGCCCCAGUAUGCACCCCAUACAUGCAUCCCUCUUUCUUGAUGGAGCCGAGGGAAUAUCUAAAGUACCUUAAUGAGGUUAGGAAUCAAGAGAGAGAAAUUGUUUUUUGUUGCUGGUUUUUUUUUUCAAUUUUAUUUUAUUUUAAAGAAAUUCUAAACAUAUUGACCAUGUCAGCUAAUACCACAGAUUAAAGCAUUAUCAUCAACAAACACCAAGUUUAAAAAGCCAGCAACCAACAGUGGUCUGGGAGAUAGAACGAGAAGACUGACCUGGAACAUCUUGCAGGUUGUUCUUAAAUUUGGAUGUUGAAUUAGUGUUUCUGAGAUGUGUCUGAGUGGCUGGACUCAGGCAGCAGUGGUUGAUGACUUGGCACAAAGAUAUCUAACCUUGACGAAAGGAGACAGUUCAGCAGUAUUUGAUUAGUGAGCCCCUCAACCUUGUGAUACCCCAGUGGUUAGCAGCGGCCUGCUGAGAUUUAGUGCCGUCUGUCACUGUCGUGUUCUGUUGUUGUCUUUCAAAUUAAAUGUAUGGCGUCAAGUUCUUUCCAGGCAGUUUUGAACUUCCCCUGCGCUUAUUAAUGGCUUUAAAUAUGUCUUUAGCCCCUUCAUGGGGAAUUGUAGAUUCUAAGUGUGUGGUGUAGGUGUCAAAGGACAGUAGAGUAGAGCAUAGCACCCGCACCCUUGAGACUUUUAGCUUAGCUUCUGCUUGGUGCGAUGGGCUUUGACUAUCAUAGCAGCUAUUUCCUUUUCAGAGCUCGUUUCUUUGUAGUCUCUGGACCUUAUUCCUGCAUUUUCUCAGGCAGUUGGUUCUGGAUUCCCUCCUGAGCUUGGUGCCUCUUUUGCUGUCUGCUUCAGUAUACAGGAUGCCGUAAUUGCCUAGUAACUGGAUAAAAGGUCUUAAGGAAGAGGCACAGCUUACCCUUCCUCGAGAAGCAAGUGCCAUUGAAAACCAUCAGGAGGAAGGAGUGAGACAGGGUCAUUUGCUUUGUGUGUGUCUAAGAGGUUUUAGUUCUGGUCUGUUUUGUUUUCUUAAAUCUAAGAAGAAAGGAGACUUAAGUUUUACUCAUUUCAUCCUCAGACUGCUAGAAGAGUUGAGGGAGUCACUUGUGUGUAAGCCUGUGGGUACCACAGGUGUAGGCAGUGCUGGAGGCCUGCAGGAGGGCCAACCAGACCCUCCUGCAGGCCCCUUAAGGAGGAGAUACCUGCAGGAGAUUUUGAACACAUUUUUCCUUUAAGUGCCUCUUUUUCACCUAGCUUUAACAUUAUUCUUUUUCUUUUCGCCCAGAAGAGAUCUCUGUAGUUUGUGUGGAUUUAAAGUCACCUUUGAGUUAGAAUUAAAAAGUUCUGCCCAGUGUGCAGUUCUAGGUAGGUCUUUUGACUUCUCCUUGCAGCAGGCCUUAUGCUCCAUCCGUGUGGGGUGUUAUUGGAGCCUUUGCCCACCAUCUGUAGAAGCACUUCUCUGUGAGUAAGGAAAUGGGGCUGCUCUUCUAGGGUUCCCAUCCCCCAGUCUCGCCAUUCCCUGUUGGUGUGGCUUUGGCUUCUUAACCAGCAGGGGAGCCCCCUCCAGAGGAAGUCAGCCUGAGCCACUUUGUGAGUUCAAAACUGUGUGACUCCAGGCCAGGCCUCUGGACCAUGGCAGAACUACAUCCCAAGCUAGGGUGACAGAAGGGUUUUUGUCAUUGGUUUAUAUAGGGACCAAAGACUGAGUGUUCAGCCUCUGUGCUUUGACUCCCAUGGCCCUUGGAAUACAAGAAGACCUCUGGUUCUGUUAGACCAGAAAGUUAUAAAGAGGGUCCCAUUCAAGCCACACCUGCUGGCAUCCUUUUUAAGCCGUUUGUAGGCAGUCUUCUUAGAGGUAGAUGUUAGAGGCCUGACAUGAACGACCGCGUGUAUCUUCUAGGUACACGUCUGGUCUAGAGUGUCUGGGAAUAGAACACUAGGGAAAAUGCAGCGCAGCCGGGAGUGCUGUAAGCUGCUCAUGCGCACAUGUUCUGGAUGCCAAACUGUAGGUAAGGACUGGGUGUCCUCUGACGGUCACCAGCAUUUUAGUUUCUCUAUAACCAGCACUUACUUGGAUUCCCAAUGGCAUCACCUGGGUGAGAAAGGUAACGAUGCCUGCUGCUCCUCCGCCUCUUUUGAGGUAUGCCCCGCCAUCUUCCUGCAGACCCGGAAACAGAAGUGCAAUAUGUAGAAACACGGUCUGCACGGAUUGUGUAGAUGCGAUGACUCUAAAGUAGCUGCACUACUUUCUGUUCCUGUCCUGGGCUCGUCAGUUUAUUCCUUUAGAGUAAAAUUAUACCAAGGAUUUUCAGUGUGAUCAUAAGCCAACUUCUUGGUAAAGCUGGAUUUUUUCCAAGUCCAUGCUUUCUUACUCUAGUUCAUAAACAAAUUCCUGUUCCUUGGUUUAUAAGAGUUGAGGUUUUUCCACUCCUGUUUGUACUCCCUCCUAUUUGCACGUCUUGCCCAGGUAUAAGGAAGUCCACUUGAGAGGGUUGCCCAAGUGAAGAAUUAAAACCUAACACUAGUACAGUUCUCCUACAUAUACACUAAUUUAUCUGAGAAUGUAAUACCUUAUUAAAUGAUGCUUCCAUCACUAUAAGGUAUUUUCCACUUCACAGAAAAACUGCAAACCAGUGUGUAAUAGAUUAAACUUCCCUGCUUUUCAGGGCAGACAAACCCUUUCCACUGGUAGGAGUCCUCUUUCAGGGCCUAAUGACUUGAUAUAAAAGCUUGCUUAAUAGCAUUCAUGUCUAGCACAGAGCUAGAUUUAAAAACUAUAUAUAUAUAUAUAAUGGAAAUAUUAACAUUUCUAGAUUAAAGAGUAUGACGGUGACCUUUGGUUACCCACAGUAGCAGGAAGAAAGCACAGACAGUGAAACCCAUGGAUAAUCAGUGUUUCAACUUUCCUGUUAACUUUUUUUUGAGACAGGGUUUCUCUGUACCUUUGGAACCUGUCCUGGUACUCUCUCUGUAGACCAGGCUGAUCUUGAACUCUGCCUCCUGGGUGCUAGGAUUAAAGGCGUGUGCCACCACCGCCCAGCUAAACUUACUUACAUAUCUUUCCCCUUCCUGUUCCUCUCCCACAGACAUCUCCUUUUCAAGGGACUAGUAGUUAGGAAGGGAAAAGAAGUUCAGAGAGGGGCUAGCAGCCAGCCACCACACCAGUGGUCCCAUUAGCUUUAGAGGUGUUGUCGCAGUGGUCACCCGAGGUGAGAUGGUGCCCCUGAGCAAGGUCUGCUGCUGAGUUCUCUACUGCCUCCUCACCAGAGAACUCUUCGAUCCUGUGGGAAGAAAAGGCUACGUCUCACAGGAACAGGAAACCCCAUCAUUUGAACACAUCUCUUUAACUUGACAAAGUUUGCUUUUCUGUUUCUUCCUUUGGAGUCACCUUCUCCAGUCUGAUAGCCUGGUGUGCAGGAAGGGUGCACUGUCCUCUUGGACUGUGUUGGGUUUUGUCUCUUCUAGAACCAGCCUGGUUUUCUGUGGUCUUAGGGAUGCUUACAGCGGCCCUCCCACCGACACCCUGAUGUAGCACAGAAAUCCAUUUUCCCUUCUGUUCUUUCUUGUGUUCUGGUAUUGGCUUCAGGGGGAAUGAGGGUUUAUUGUCAUAGCCCUGCAUUUCAAGAAGUGGUUGCCAUAGGUGUAAAUUCCAUUGGUUCCCAGGUCCCUUAGAACUCUGGAAGCACUGGCAAGGCCCAAAGCAGGCUCGGUGGGGUUUUGGAACCUCCAUGUGUAGUCACCCUUCAGACUUGGUGAGAUUUAGAAGAAAAAUCUCCCCGUGUCAUAAACAGAAGUCUGAGCUGUGCUUCAGAGGUAGUGCCGUCUUGAUGUGCUUCCCACGUUGUUAAUGUGUUUAAACUUUUGAGACGUUUUUUAAAGGCCCCACUUAGUCUGCACAGGCUGAGUCAGACAGUUUUCAGAGAAAAGGCCAAUUUCACUACUUAGUAGUAGUCACUGUCGUGCUAGUUACACGUCAGGAAUAGACAGAGGCAGCGGAAAGCACGCUGACCGUGCAGAGGGCUCAGGGAGAGUGCAGGCAUCUCCCUGGAGAGACUGGAGGGACAGGCUGGAGAGAGGACGGCCUUCCGUUGCAGCUGCUCUGAGGCUGGGCCAGGCUUGGCUCUUCAUGCAGGCUGCGAGGCCAUACACAGUGCUUGCCUUAUUUUAAAGCUACUUGCCACAGUCCUGUUAAUAGUGUGGAUGUCCUUUUGCAGUCUGGUGUGCAUGCCAUGUGAUCAGGACAGCUUUUCCACCUCCCCUGGUUUCCUACAAGCAAGUAAAUCUCCCCUGAAAUGUCCAGUCUGUACUUAUGUACCUUGUCAGUGUUUGCUGUCGGUUUUCUAAAACAAUCUGAUCAAUAAAUCUCUAAACAUAUGUGG